GUUGAGGAGGAGGGUUGGCGAUGGUGAAUGCCAUUAGGCUAAAUUUAUUGUUUGAUGACGAUGAAGAAAUGAUUGCAAUUAAAUGGGCGCCAAAAUAGGGCUGAUUUGGAUAAUGACAGUUUUUAUUAUCAUAUUACUUCACCCAAACCACCCUUUGGCUAAAGAUUCUGACAAAAUCAUCGAUUUGGAUGAAGAAACAAUGGACGAUGACACGGCCGAACUACUAUGGGUGAAUUGCAGGGCUGAGUUGGUAUAUUCGAUUGAAGCUAUAAAUGUCCAGGAUCCUCGAGUGAAGAAAACGAUACUAGAUUGCUUGAGAGAUAAAAGAAUUGUUUUAUCCAAAUCCAGAAAAUAUAAACUUACUAAAAAUUGGUAUAUAGGGUAUUUAGCGUCUUUUUUACACAAGACGAAUGAUGUUCAUGGAAGACGCAGGUUGGCUGAAGGAGGUGUUAGCCAAGGAACAAUAAUUGUUGCAGUAGUUGUUACUGCAGUCUCUACGCUUUCUCUUGCUGGCCUUCUUUUUUAUUGUUAUAUUAGGAAUUACGGUGUUGCUGCCUUUCAAAAUGACGAAAAUCUAAGCAUGGGCAAGAAUUCUACUAGUGGUGGUUCAAAAAAUUCAUCAAGCUCUAAGGACAAAGAUGGGAAUACCGAGAAUCAAUCAAAUUCAAUGGAUGCAAGAGUCUCUGUUGAUUCAGGUCUUGUUGGAAAUCUGCACAUGAAGACAAAUCUGAAUCCUACUGUGCACCCUCCUGCUGAAAGAGUAACGUCGUCUUUGAGACAUACUCUGAAGCCUAGAGCAAUAAGGGCAGAAUCAUCUUUGCGCCCUACUGGAAAGGCGGAAUCUUCUCUAAGGCCUUCUGCUGGAAAGACAGACUCUCCUGUUGGAGGAACAGAUUCGUCUCCAAGGCCUUCUCCUGGAGCGGUGGAAUCAUCUCCACGGCUGCAACCCGUCACUGGAGUUUCUCAUGUUUCCUCUCCUACGACCAUUGUCCCUUCUCCUUCCACUGCUCCUAUAGCUCCCUCUCAUGUUACUGCUCCUCUAGCUCCCUCUCCGGCCACUGACACGGCACCCGGACCUCCUGCCAAUCCCCCAAUUCAAGAAGAUCCGCCAACUGGUGGAGAACCACCUCCAUCGCCACCUGUUGCAGCGGCACCUCCACCACCACCACCCUCUAUCACAGCACCUCCUCCACCACCCAAACUUGAGGGGAAUGCAGGGGGUCCCCCACCACCUCCACGCAGAUUGGGUGCCAGCAUUAGACCUCCUCGUCGUAUUGAUCAAGCUGAUGCUUCUAAAGCUAAGUUAAAGCCAUUCUUCUGGGAUAAGGUUAUGGCUAAACCUGAUCAACAAAUGGUUUGGGAUAAGAUUAAGUCUGGUUCAUUUCACAUAAUGUGUCUCUUCGUCGUUAGGUUCAAUGAAGAAAUGAUUGAGAGUUUAUUUGGAUAUCAAGGGCCUGAUAAAACCAAAGACCCGGACACGAAGAAUGCUCCUGCAAAAGAAUCUACAGCGCAGUUCGUUCAAAUCAUUGAUCCAAAAAAGGCACAAAAUUUGUCUAUUCUUUUGAAAGCACUGAAUGUGACAACUGAUGAAGUUGCUGCUGCACUUAUAGAAGGAAAUGAGCUUCCAAUAGAAAUAGUUCAAACUUUGCUAAAAAUGGCACCAACUAGCGAAGAAGAACUGAAGCUGAGGCUAUAUUGUGGGGAUCUUAGUCGCCUUGGACCAGCAGAACGAUUUUUAAAAGCUUUGGUUGAAAUCCCGUAUGCAUUUAGAAGGCUAGAAUCUUUGCUAUUCAUGUGCACACUUCAAGAUGAAGAAUCAAAUAUCAGAGAAUCCUUCGAAAUUUUAGAGGCUGCUUGUGUAGAACUUAAAAAAAGCCGCUUGUUCCUCAAACUCUUGGAAGCUGUUCUAAAAACUGGGAAUCGUAUGAAUGUUGGAACUUUCCGUGGCAGUGCAACAGCUGUUAAACUUGACACGCUCUUAAAACUCUCAGAUGUCAAAGGAGUUGAUGGAAAAACAACUCUUCUACACUUUGUCGUUCAGGAGAUCAUGCGGGGUGAAGGUAUAAAAGCAAGCCAGCGUGCCAAAGAUGGCAGUAGCAUCUGCAGCGUCAGUGCUGAAGACCUUUUUCCUGAACCUUCUCCUGAAAAAUCAGAUGAGCAUUAUUGCAAACUUGGGCUUGAAGUGGUAUUAGGUUUGAGUAAUGAGCUUGAAAAUGUCACGAAAGCAUCAAUAAUUGAUUUUGAUGGGUUGAGCAGUUCAAUUUCAAAACUUGGUAAUGGACUCGUGAAAGCACGAGAAUCUUUAAAUACGGAUAGGAAGAAUUUAGAAGAAAAUUCAAAAGAUGCAGAAGCUGAUGAGUUUUGGCUUAUUUUGUCGGAUUUUGUUGAAAAUGCUGAGAAGGAUAUCUCGUGGAUGUUUGAGGAAGAAAAGAGAAUAAUUGCUCUUGUGAAAAGUACAGCAGAUUACUUUCAUGGAAAGGCUGUGAAGGAUGAAGGGUUGAGAUUAUUCUCGGUGGUACGUGAUUUUUUGAUCAUAUUGGAAAAGGUAUGUAAAGAGAUUCAGGCUGCUCCAAUAAAGCCACCAAAGAAAAAAGAUGACACGUUGUCAGGGACACAAGAUAAUGAUGACGAUAACCAAUUUAUGAGUGGAGAUCCUUCGCAGCCCCAGUCACCAAGCCCUUUCUUCUAAUCUAGAGCCUUCAUUCUUGUUCUAGCGACCAUGUUAAAUAGUCCACAGGCUUUUUCGUCAUACAAACCAGGUAUACACUUGACAUUUGCCUUAGUUGACAGAUUUAAUCCAUUGUUCUUGCAUAAAACCAAAAGAACCUUAUAAAAA